AUGCUUGGGGGGCUGGACGAGGAAUCGUGCUCCUCCAAUGGCUCGGGCUUCAAACCCCCAAUUUCUCCUCAGACUUUUUGUGAGGACGAUACAAUGUAUGGCGUUUUUAUCGGCCCUUUUACAGAAAACGAGGAGGCUCCACGAAGGUCACUCCAUCAUGCCCUAUCGAGAGACGAUGAUACCCAUGACAGUCAAGAAAUGCCACCAAACGCAUUAGGACUAUCUCCAAACCCAGUCGAAGCAACUGGUGCCAGUGAUACUCUUACGGAUGAAGAUGGCGCGGCUUCCGACGCAUCCUCACGCGACCUCGAUGGACCCGAACCGGGGGAGGACAGCGACAGCGCGAUGUACAUUAUACCUGUCAGAUCUCUUAGGCCCCGUAAGCGGGUGACGCUUUCACCCAUGAAGAGUCGUAGGAUUAGAGUCAAGCUCCCAGCCAGGAGUUCCUUGCCGCACUUCACUGCAUGCUCAUCGAUUCAUUCCACGCCUUCGACUCCAGCACGAAGCAAUUAUACCCACCCCCCAGAAGUCCUCCCUAAUUCUGAUACCACUUAUCCUCAACCCUUGGGGAUUGUUUCGAGUGGUCCCAUCGUUUCUACUGAUGAUCCCUUUGGAGAACACGACAGGCGUAGUAUCCCACCCUUGAUAGAGAAAUGCACAAUCGAGAUUCCCUUAAGUUCCACCCUAUUGGAUAGUGGCACCGGUGCCGGACUAUCGUCAACUUCUGGAGUAUCAGGUUCACUGAACCAUCAAGGGCAGGGCGGCAGGGUCGUCAGCGAGUCAGCCUCCGCAAUGCAUCCAAUGAUGUGCAACAACGGAUUGCUAGUGCAGGAGCAAUGCGUCACAUCCUCAUUCCCGGAUUGUGAGAAUAAGCAUACUAUUGAUUUAGAAGCCACAUUAGAGGGCGUUCCUCCGAACAGUGCUCUUUGUGAGGGACUACCCCCAAACGAGGAGGUUGAUGGAAAUGAUUUGUCCAAUGUAGAUGAGGGGACCCUGGAUGCCACAAUGCGACCAGAAGGACAGCCAUUGCAGGAGAAGCCGGACGAAGCGCUGGAACUACCCGCCAGUAAGAAGGCUUGCAAGCCCCAACAAACGUCACCUGCGACAGGAUGGUUGUCAACUCCGAUACCCCUUGAAGAUGUCUCGAUGCCACCUCGCAAGCCUCUUUUCAACCCAUUUCUUGUCUCAGUGUCGCCCGUCCGAUCGCCUCGUAAACCAAACGUCCCCACCCCCUCUCACCCUCGCCCGGUCCAGAUCUCCAAUCCAUUCCUUCCAGCUACCCCCGUUUCCCAUGGGCCGACGUCGACACGUGGGUCUUCGCUUACGCUGUCUAUGGUUCCGCAGCCAUCGCCACACAUAUCUGGAAAUUCCAUCCCAUCGAGGUCGAAAAGGAGGCUAGAAAGCGAGCCCGAGUCGUGCAGUUACAACGGAUCUCAUGUGUGCAAAAAGUUGAAACCGAAUCAAAGUUACGCGUCGUCACAGGCUCCAGACCCAUCCCUGGAGCCAACAGUCCAUGGUUCCCCUCCCGACACCCUUACACUAGCCCUCAUGCAGUUUGAUGCCAAGCGGCGUGCGGAAGGAAGCAAAACGCACCGUGCCUCAUUAUCAGACUCUCCGGUGCGAAGUAUGCCGGCUACAUCCAAUGUACGGGCAGUUUUGAGCAGUCCACGACGUAACUCGGACAAAGCUUCAAGCAUCCCAACGCUGGAAUCUACCAAGGCCGGACGUAGAUUCAAGGGGAUUUCCCCUUCUAGAUUGGUACGAACUGGAGUGCGGCCCAACCCACUCUACUUUGCUUCACCUGAGAUAUCAAGGGCCACUGCACCGCCAACCGCAACAUCCUCCACACAAUCCACUCUUCAAUGCGUCAAAUCGUCAUCGAAAAACCCAACCGCUUGCUUUCCUCCAUCUUCUCCCGAUCGUGGUUUAUCAAUUCCGAGCAGCCCGUCACCGAACCGUCGUGCGAAACCCCAGCUCCCGAUCAUAUCCCCUUCCAAACCACUCCGAUUCAGUGGGUUGCAAAGCUCAUUAACUCGAUCAAAGGACACGAUGCUACUUUCGAGUGACCCUCGCACGAAUGAGAAUCAUCAUGAAGAUAGAAUGCUCAUUAGCAUGCCGGAAAAUCCACGAAAACCUGUGAUAACAAGGCUGGCCAGCCCCCGACGUCAAAUUCGUCCUACUGCGCGUCCUUCUGGCAUCCCAAUGCCGAGAUAUACCUUCGAGUCUAGGUUGCCCCGGGUCAGGAGCACUUCAAAACUGCAUUCUUCUAAGGGCUUCCCCCGCAACACUUCCGAAAGUCGUUCCACCCCAACACCGACCAUGAAUGUUUUCACGGCACAUGCAGUGUCUGCCGCUGAGCAUCCCAAGGACAAUAAUGCUGAUUCUGAGAAAUGGGUAUCCGAUGAGCCUCGCAGUCCUUUGCGUAGCAAAUCCCAGCAAGAUCCUUCAAUUGGGGAAGCCUCACACUCUAUUUAUGCAGGGAUGGAACAAAUGGAUGUUGAUCCAUCCCCAGAACCUAUCACCGACCGGUCAAGCUCCGUGGACCCACUCAAUAUGUCACCAGUUUCAAACAGUCCGCGAAGAUUCUCAAGGAGACUAUCUGGACAGUCUGCGAUGUCCGCUAGUGACGCUGAGGCUGUCAAGCCUUUGCGCAAGUGCAAACCUGGACCCAGCUCUCAAGGAAGAGAUCGUCGAAACAUCCAUACAAUCUCGCCAGCUGCACUGAGGGAUUUGACGACGAGGAACACGCGAAAAAACGAUGGUUAUAACUUUAGUGUUCUCAACACUAGAGUUUUAUUCAAGGAAGGGCCUCGCCCACCCAGCCCUGCCUCUAAAAUUAGGACGGUGCAAACAGAGGCAGCAGAACAAGCACGUAAUGCUCGAGCGAGAAAACGUGAACUCAUUCGUGGCGGAACUAUAAACGGAAGCGAUUGUUUAUCGUCCAACUCGGCUAUCACGCCAGAAACUCCUCGACCGGCGAAACAUCCCCGAGCACCUGGUGAUGAUGAUGAUUAUCACACACCGAAGAAAUUUAAACUUGCGGUUGGGAAUGACGCCAUCAUGUCCGAGCCUGAUGAUGGGGAUGGACGGAGAGGGACCCCCUGUGAACGGGAUGAAUCAUCUGAGGGUACUGUUCCUGAUCAUCAAAAGAGGAAGUUCGUUCGCUGGGACACAUUGCUUGCGAAUGACGCAGAAACCCCACGACCACUCUCGAUGGAAAGUAGACGGCCCGAAGGUCAAUACCGAGGCGCGUUGAAAACUUCUAGGAUUCCCGAACUGGACGGUUUCGGGAACAAACUGGAUACUGCACAACCUUUGCAGAGUGUGCUCAAGAAAGAGCGGAUAACAGUUCUCAAAGUUGUAUACGAAAAUGAUGAUGAGCUCCUUGCUCAACCAAUCGUUAAGAAGGCCCUGAAGGCGGUUAAGGGCGGUCCCUCCCCUUAA